UCUUCGUGUGACUUCACCACUUCCUCAUCUCCCAGAAAAUGGCUCUCUCACUUCUUUCUGUCUUCAUCUUUCUUCAAGUCUUUAGAAAUAUUGUUUUUGCUGCUUCAAAUGAAGAAUCCAAGAUCUCUGUACCACCGUCUCCGUCGUACAAACCCUCACCGCCACUGGUUAAGCCACCCACACUGCCUACAACUCCGAUUAAACCACCCACCACAACACCCCCAGUCAAAUCUCCAGCCACUCCGGUUACACCAACCAAAUUGCCGGUUAAAUCAUACCCACCUCAGGUUAAACCACCCACAUCACCACUUGUCAAACCACCUACGUACAAACCCCCAACGCCAACGGUCAAACCACCCACAAAACCACCGGUUCAACCACCUACAUACAAACCCCCAACGCCAUUGGUUAAGCCACCCUCGAUCCCACCAGUCAAACCACCUACAGCGCCAGUUAAACCAACCCCGACAACACCGGUUACGACACCACCACCGGUUAAACCACCUGUGAACCCAAUCCCAUCACCUCCGGUCAAUGCACCACCUGUUAAACCACCGACACCUCCGGCCAAACCUCCGACACCACCUCCCGUUAGAACUCGGAUAGAUUGCGUGUCUUUAUGUGGGACACGAUGUGGCCAACACUCAAGGCAGAACGUAUGUAUGAGGGCGUGCGUCACGUGCUGCUACCGCUGCAAGUGCGUACCCCCUGGCACGUAUGGUAAUAAGGAAAAAUGUGGAUCUUGUUACGCCAACAUGAAGACACGUGGCGGCAGACCCAAGUGUCCUUAAGCCUUUGAUGAACAAUGGUUAAUGUGAAGGGAUAUCAUUAAUCAGUGAUGAUUUAAGAGGGGAAAUGGUGCUUUCAUAUAAGCUUUUAAUGCGUUUUAUUUUGGUUUAGUAACUUUGAGCUGGAUGUGCGUUUACGGAUUGUAUAAGAAACCUUUUUCGUUGAAUUGAGGCUUUUCUGGGU